GCUUGUCCCACCAGCCAAUCACAACGUGUUGUGACCGGAAGGGGGUGGGGCCUAUGGAGGAAAUGUGUCUGGUGGGCGGGGCAGCACCUCAGGGCUGCGUCCCUCAGCGCCGGGCGGUGUUAUGGCGUGGGGCUGAGCAGCUGGGCGCCGCCUGCUCGUGGCGUCCCUGUGUGAAACGAGGGGUGGCAGAUGAGAACAGGCCGUGGGAUGGAGGAAAAGCUGGGCGCUGGAGGGGCGGCUGUGCCCUGUGGGUGUGCGUGGAUGUGAGCAGGCUGUGCGUGGUGCUCCCACAGCAGCCGUUCUGUCCGACGGGAGGAAGCUGGAGGUGAAUGGGCCUCAAUGCUGUGCCCGGCCCCACUGCCCUCCCGCACACCUCCCUGCCGUGCUGUGCACACAGAGCCACGGCCCUGCUGGCAUCGGCAUGCAGCCACCGCUCAGCGCUCCGUCUGUGGUGUUUGCAGAUCCAUUCACGGAGCUCUUGGAAGGGAAGAUCUCUUGGAAGAAACUCCUCACCUUCCUCCUCUUCAGCUUCAUCUUCAGCUUCUGCCUCUUCGCUUCUCUUCGUCAGAUCAGGACUCCCGAGCCAGAGGAUAACAAUUCUUAUCUUCCCACUGAAAGAUCCCAAACUGGAAGUACCUGCACCCCGCCGAAGAGCGAGCGCAGGCUGACCAUCCUGCUGUGGACGUGGCCCUUCGGACAGCGCUUCACUUUUAGCAACUGCUCAGAGCUCUUUGACACCCCGAACUGCCACUUCACCGCCAACCGCAGCUGGUCCCAAAAGGCAGAUGCUGUGAUUAUGCAUCACAGGGAUGUGUGUGGGGACGGAGCGAGGCUGGCCCGGCUCCCCAGACUCCCAUCCCAGCGCUGGAUCUGGUUCAACAUGGAGUCCCCGAGUCACUCUCCAAACUUAGGUGCCAUGAACCACCUCUUCAACCUGACUAUGUCAUACCGGAGAGACUCGGACAUCUUCACCCCCUAUGGGGAGCUGCAGCUGCUCAGCCAGCCCCAGCCCUUCAGCAUCCCACCCAAGACCAAGAUGGUGGCCUGGGUGGUCAGCAAUUGGAGACCAAGCUCCCACCGGGUGAAGUACUACGAAGAGCUGAAGAAACACAUCCCCGUGGAUGUGUACGGGCGGCAUCACUUGCCCCUGCCCAUGGACAUGCUCCACCAAACUGUGUCCCAGUACAACUUCUACUUGGCCUUUGAGAACUCACAGCACGAAGACUACAUCACGGAGAAGCUCUGGAGGAAUGCCCUGUUCUCUGGCACCAUCCCUGUUGUUCUGGGGCCGCCUCGAGAAAACUACGAGCACUUCUUGCCCCCUGACUCCUUCAUCCAUGUCGACGACUUUGCCAGCGCCGGUGAACUGGCUCAGUACCUGCAGGAACUGAGCAGGGACACCGAGAGGUACCAGCGCUACUUCCAGUGGCGCAAGUGGCUGAAACCCGUGCUGGGGGUCAGCUGGGCCAUGCAAGUCUGCAGAGCCUGUCGCUUCCUGCAGAGGACAGAGGCCAGCUACCACGUCGUGCCCAAUCUGUCCAAGUGGUUUGUGUAACAGCUGUUUGCUCAGCUCUCUGCUGCGUUGUGAUCUUUUUGUCCUCGCUGGAUGGUUGCAGUUUUGAAGGCUGAUUGAAUGUGGUGGAGCCAGAAGGACGAGAGGAGCUAUGAAACAAGCAGUAAUGGGGAAGCGUUUUGGUGUUGGGUGUGCCUUUGUCUUCCUAGAGAAUAGACUGCCAGGUAGAGUAGGACAUU